AAGUUUUUAGAUAAUAUGUAUAUAUUUUGAUUUCGAACAUUUUUGUCAGCUUUUGCCUUGUGAUUAAUAUCUAUGGUUAAAAUGGGUCUGAUUAAGGCAAAAAAUGAAAGCAAAAGAUAUUAUAACCUUCGCUGUGGGUUUUCUCCUAGGUUUCCAUUUUCUAUUAUUGUAUAGAAGUUCAUUUGAUAAUUCCUAGCUUCAAAGCCUGUUUGAUGUUUCCCUGUAAGCCAGACCUGUCAAGUUUAAGUUUUGCUGAGUGAUAUUUUAAAAGGAAGGGAGAAUGGUCCAGAACGAAUCCUGGACUGCUACACAACCAGAAGUAGGAUUGAGGUGCAGAGCCCCAGAAAACAUUUUUUUAACCAUGCCCUAUGGUUCUUCGGAAACGCCUUUUUUGAGCAGGGACCCCACAGAAGCGGGUGGGGGAUUUUUCGCCAUUAUAUUAAGUUUUUAUUGAGAUAGAAUUUAUAACAGUACAUAAUCAUUAAAUAAUUUAAUCUGGUGCACUUGUGCUGUGCAAAUGCAAAAGUGCGAAGCUCUGUGGACCAGGUAUGCAGAGAAAGGAAUGCAGGUGUACAAGCAAGCAAAGCAUCGUAGUGUAACUGCAACCCCAAAUGUCAUUCUUGAGAAAAAAUUAUUCCGCUCUGACCACUCCAAUUGUAAUCUGCUUACUUGAAACACUAACUUAAGGUAUCAGUCCUUUUCGUGAGCAAAAUUACGCGUGUGUGGCAAAUCGCACAUGUAAACGAAUUUGCGCGUGCGAUCGCACUUGUAAGAAAAUUUGAAGUACAAACCUGAUAAAAUUGGUAAAAGAAGCAAUAAGGAAAAAGCCACUCGAAUACGUGCAAGAGCAAAACUCAAUUAAUCAAUACAUAACAGAUUUUGUUGCCCUUAGCAGCCAUCUUUUAAAAGUCGUCGUAACUCUCCAAAGUUACAAGAGCAAGUAAAAAUUGUUUCCAACAGCUACUUGCUUUCAGGGCCUAAUUACGUUUUGACAGGAAAUCAGUUAUUACACUUAACAUGCUAAUGGCGACUUAGCUGAAAGACGAGCUAAGUUGAAUGGAGCACUCAGUCAAAAGCCAAACAUCACUUCCGAAAAUUGGAAAAAUCAUAUUGUGGUCAAAAGUGCGAAUCAAGUAACAAGGGAAAGGAUAAACAAUCAUGAGACCAUGGGAAAUUGAUGGUAAAGGGCCUCUCCAGCAAAAAAAAUUGUUUUAAUGACUUAAAAGUUAGCAUCUGGUGCGUGUAUUAUGACAAAGUCAUUGUUUUUGAAAAAUUCCAAUUAGUUUAGAAGUUGUAAGGCUUUAAAGUUGCACCUUUCCGAGAAAAAAAACGACAAAAGCCGAAUCAGUUUGGUAACAUUCUGACGUCACAAUGUGCGGCUCUCGUUCGCCAUGAAUUUCGUAUAUCUUCCACCGAAGCGUGAAGGACUCAUGGUCACGCGUUGAUAACUGCAUCCAGUUCCAGUUCCUGUUCCAGCUCUUCCCUCGCGUAUAAUUAAUCGAAAUUGUCACUUCAGUUGUUCUCCAGAAACGAUGAACAACUAAAGGCUUCAGAAUUGGUGUCUGAAAUGCUCAAACUAAAAGCUGGCGGAACAGAACUGAAAGUACCAUCACUUGCAGUGUUCAAUUUGCGAAUCGCCGUCGUUCGAUUCGGUUUGAGGCGAGACUAUCCGAAAUACACUGUGACGUCAAAAUUGCGUCACAGUGUCACCAAACCAAAAAUUUUUGUCGGUUAAUUAAAUUAAAUUAUCGAAAUGCAAGAGCUUAUAUCUCACAAACUGUAAAAAAAUAUCGAAAAACAAAUAACGAAUUCGUGAUCAGCAGGCUCAACUUCUUUAUAAAAAUUGCCAAUAAAAUGCAAGUGCAAAAUUUGGCUGGAGAGGCCCUUUAACAGAAAACUGCAAAAACACCUGUUUGCGCGUGUGGUCAAAAGCACGCGCAAUUUAACUCGCGCGUGUGCAGGCGUGUGCGGGUGCGAUCGCACGCGCUAAACGAAAAGGACUGAGGUAUAUUAUCAGGGAUGUUGGAAUGACCAAAGGGCAAGGGGCAAGCUUGGGUAAAAAGGCAUUUGCAACAAAUUUCUCAGCUACUACUAAUUCCUUUGUAACCACCAUUUAAGUUUGAUCUUCUGAAAAUUGGCUAAAUUUUGGCACAAGGAAUUAUAUUACCAGUUUUGAGAAAUGUCACCAUGAAACUACAAUCAGAAUUUCAUAUUAAUCUCUCUGAUAAGUGCAAAUGGCUGGUUUCAAGGGCACUUUAAUGAAAAGGGCACUCUGGCCCCUCUUGCUCCUCCUAUUAAAAGGCAACAGGGGCAGUUGACCCCCUGCACCCCCCUUCUCCAGCAUCCCUGUAUAUUAUGCUUCUCUUUUACAUUUUCAAUCAAUUCACAAUGUGUCAUAGUCGCAAAAAAGCUAACCUACUAUUUGUGUAGGCUUGUCAAUAAGUUUAACAUCACUUAACCUGUACGGAUUGGCUGUUAUCUAGUCGUAUAAUAAUUUAGUCCCUUUUAUUGUGCAAACAUGCCUUGUAAGGAAAGAGGGAUCUUGCUAUUGGAGUAAAAUUGAAAAAUUUAAAUAAACCAAGAAGUUUGUUGCCAAUUGCUGGGAAUUCAGAUUUGAUGCCUUUGAGCAUGAAAAAGCGCCGAAGUGUGUCUCCCGCAAAAUGCGUGUGACUUGCUAGGUCUGGUAAGCUUCAUCAGAUGCCUUUCAGGCCUGGGCAUGCGUAUGUCACACCCUGGGUAGAGUAUAUCACACACCAAACAGGGACAUCGUGACUGGGGGUUGUGAGGGUGUCACACCCCUCCUCCCAAAGAUAUUUCAAUAGGAAAUUUCAGGACCUGAAUUUCAGGUGAAAUAUGCUGAAUGGAAGAAACGGUUCAGGUUGUUCAGAAACCUUCAUCUCUUUAAAAUUAUUAAAGGAUCAGGAAAAAAUAGUUGCCCCGUUGAUUACCUUUGAUAUUUCUUUGGUAUGAAGGUAAAAACAAAACUAAACGUUUAUGAUUUCAAGAUUUCUUAUUGGCACUUAAUCCAAAAAAACCAGGCCCUUUCCAGGUUAAACAUAGGUAUCCUGUCGCUGUGUACGAAGAAUGCCGGUACUCUUUUGAUGCUUUGUAGGUAGUUUCAUAGCAUCCGCUACACCCAUGGAUAGUUAUACUUUAUACUUGAGUUGCUUUAUGGAAUGGAAACCGUUAUAAAGCUUUCAAUAUUAACUGAUGCGACGAUCUUCGAACCUUUCACCUACAGCAUCUGAGGGCAGAAACGCUGUGCCGCGAAAUGUAGUUGUUUGUUGCGAAAAAGAUAGUUAUUCUUUGCUUACUUGAUCAAACCAAAUAUCGUCUCAAAUAUAGAUAUUAUUUUAAUUACAAGAAAAUCCUCACUUCCAAAUACGAUACACUUCACCAUAUACAAUAGAACAUUUGAUCCUUGCCCAAAUACAUCUCAAUAAAUUAAACUAUUGAACUACGUCCUUAUUUAUAGUUAUUGAUAUUUUUUGCCUUUUUAUGGAAGGAAGACUAGCUUUUCUUGGAGAAACUGCCAAGGCGGGUUCUUGCAAGCCCCUAUACCCGAAACUUUUUUCCCUUCUUGGAGAGCCCGCCAAAGCGGGCUCUGGGUGGACCGCCGGCCCGCGGCACGCCGAGCCAGUGGACCGCCACCCACGGCACGCCCACCUAGUGGGCCGCCGGCCCCCGACACGCCAAGCCAGUCACCCGCAAACCCCCACCCCCAAGCCGAGAAGCAAAUUAGCAAAGAACCAACUAACGCCAUGCCCAACACACAAAACCCCCCUCAUACAAAACCCCCCUCAUACAAAACCCCCCUCACACAAAACCCCAACACACACACGGAUAUAUAUAAUUCUAGGCAAACUAAAUAUAUAUGUAUUCAAAAGCUCUAGACUGUAAUGUUUUUUAAAAAAUUUAAAUAGAUGAUCAGUAAAAAAACAACUCGAUUAACGAGAUUAAUAUAUAUAUAUAUAUAUAGAAAUUUGUCUUUUGAUACUUCCGUAGCACAGUGCUCAAUACGUUAGCACGUAGAGCGUGAUAUAUCAUAGAUUGAAGAAAGUGAAACUACAUGGUUUAUCUCUACAAGCCUGUUUCGUGAGUAACUCACUCUUCAGGAGAUGUUGAUAUACUGGAAUAUUCCUCGAAUAAAUAGAUAAUACGGUACAGAAGGUGUUACAUAAUGUGUAAGGUUAUACAAAAGGUAAAUUAGGGGCGGUACAUAGAGGGAUUUAGGUGUUACAUAAUAGUGUUUUGUUUCUAUGGCGGCAAGAAGAUACGAGUUCGUUUCGUUUGUUGAGUGUUGAUAAUUCGGGGUGGCAGAUAAUGAGGGUCUUUUCUUUAAGACAAAGGCUGCAUCUUUUGUUUGAGCUGCUGUAGGAUGGCUUUAUUGAGAGGAUGCGCCAGGAAAUGGAGUGGUCGAUUUUAUUGUCUUUUAGGGUCCAGAUGUAUUUACUGAGUUCUGUGGAAUUUCUGUGUUUUGCGUGACGGAAAGAUGCGGUGUGAUUUCUGUAUCUUGUCUUGAAUUCGUUUUCUGUAAGUCCGAUGUAUGUUUCUGUAGUUUCAUUGUCUCUGCGUGUGACGGUGGCUUGGUAAAUGACUGAUGAUUGUAGGCAGUUCCCGUUGAGUGGACAUGUGUUCGCUUGUCGGCAGUUGCAUGUUUUGUUGACAUUGGUAUUUUCCGGGGUGGUGCUGGUGUCGUGUGACUUUAGGAUGCGUUUGUUGUGACUGUCAAUGGCUUGCUUGAUGUUGUUCAUGCAGCUGUAGCUGAUCUUUAAUGUGUUGCGGUUGAAGAUUUUUCUGAGUUUGUGGUCUUUGUGGAAAUGUUUGUCAAUGAGGUUGAGGAAUCUGUGUCCGAUGUUGGUGCUGACGUUUUUGCUGAAUGGGGGGUUAUACCAAAGUAUGUUACUCCGUUUUCUGUUUUUUCUUGUGGUAUUCGAAGUUGGUUCGUAGUGUAGGGUGUAUUUGUAUCCGCUUUCGUUGAGUGCUUUUUGGUAUGGUGGCGUGGCUUGGUCGAAUGAUGCUUUGUCAGAGGAAAGUGAUGACAGACGUUUGUUGAUGCCGAUUGGUAUAUGUUUUGCUGUGGUUAUUGGGUGGUUGCUCUCGCGGUGGACAUAUUGAAGGAUGGUGUCAGGCUUUGUGUAUGGCUGGAAGGUACCUUUUUCAGGUUGAGGGUGACGUCUAGGAAGUUGAUGAUCUGUUUGUUGGCUUCUAUCGUGAUGCGUAGUCCGUUGUGGCUAAAAAUUUGACAUAUUUUCUUUUUGAUAUUUUCGGUGACUCUUGGUGGUGAAUUUGAAAUGGCUAGUCCGUCGUCUCGGUAUAGUCCAACAUUGAUGUCGAGGUGUUGUAGUUGUGACAGCAGAAAGCUUCCAACCAACUCGCAUGUUUCAGCACCGUCGUAGCUGCCCAUUGUAACAUCAAACGUGGUGUUAUUUUUCUUUUUCCAUGGUUGAUUUUUGUGAACAAGGAUGGAGUUUUUGGCAUGAAUGAUGAUGUUACGUUCGUCAGUUGUGAUAUUGUCGUAGUCUGAGGCGAAGUCGAGUGCUCUGUUUAGGAGUUCUUGGCUGAUUGAAGGGUAGAAGUCUACAACAUCGAAGCUGAUGAAGGUGUUGUUGUGUUUGCUUUCGGUGGCUUUAAACCAUUCGAUUACCGAUGUUGUGUUCUUCCAUUGAUUGAAUUUGUGCGAAUUGGUGAUUUUGUGGUUGAUUCGAUCGAGUAUCGUCUUGCUGAUUUUGCCUAUCUCAGACUUGGUGGGGUUGAUUAGCCGGCAUGCUGGUUUGUUUGUGAAGUUUGGUUUGUGAUCUUUAAGUGUGAUGAAUGCGUCUUUGUUGGCUGUAGAGUCUACUCUGUCGUCGAUACCCAGUUUUGCUGCGAUGAUUUUGUUUUUUGCAUGGAUUUCUGUCACGCAAAACACAGAAAUUCCACAGAACUCAGUAAAUACAUCUGGACCCUAAAAGACAAUAAAAUCGACCACUCCAUUUCCUGGCGCAUCCUCUCAAUAAAGCCAUCCUACAGCAGCUCAAACAAAAGAUGCAGCCUUUGUCUUAAAGAAAAGACCCUCAUUAUCUGCCACCCCGAAUUAUCAACACUCAACAAACGAAACGAACUCGUAUCUUCUUGCCGCCAUAGAAACAAAACACUAUUAUGUAACACCUAAAUCCCUCUAUGUACCGCCCCUAAUUUACCUUUUGUAUAACCUUACACAUUAUGUAACACCUUCUGUACCGUAUUACCUAUUUAUUCGAGGAAUAUUCCAGUAUAUCAACAUCUCCUGAAGAGUGAGUUACUCACGAAACAGGCUUGUAGAGAUAAACCAUGUAGUUUCACUUUCUUCAAUCUAUGAUAUAUCACGCUCUACGUGCUAACGUAUUGAGCACUGUGCUACGGAAGUAUCAAAAGACAAAUUUCUAUAUAUAUAUACAUAUAUAUAUAUAUAUAUAUCUCUCUAAUGCAAUAUAUGAUUCACUGAGAGAGAGGGUUGCUCACGCUUACGUUUAUAUAGGAAAAUUUCAAUAAAUUGUAUAGACAUUUUUUUAUAUAUGCAAGUAUACUUCUGAGUAUUACAGUAUUUGUAUAAAGUCUGCCCCCGUCCUUUAGACAGAAAUUUUCAGGGGAAGAAGAACAAUGCUAUGGUCCUUGCACCAAGCGAACUCAGAUGUCUCUGGUGACUAAUAUUUACAAUGUGCACUGUUUUCUUUAUCCAAUGAACAUAUUCGAGGGAUGCCACGUUCCUUGAUCACUGUGAUUUGUUGGGGGUUUCUAUGUCCUCUUGUGAUCACAUAGUUUCCAAUGAGUGUGGCGUUCCUCGAAAAGUGACCUAAUUGGCCAUUCUAGAUUCCCUGUGUUUCUACUGGGGACAUUCUGAAUACAAGUGCUGUAUGCGUUUUUACAAUUGAUCUCGUUCAAGUAUAAAAUUGCGCUUUAUCAUACGCUUUAAACUCAUGCAUAUCUAACAAUACCAUUGAGAAAAUUUAACUCUUUCCAUGAAAAGAAUCUGUGUGCAAUUGUUUCUAAGUUGUCAAUAAAAAGGGUUGAAAUGCUCGAUUUUGUCUCGAAAAGAGAAAUACCAAAAUGUGCGAAUGGAUUGGUCAAAGGUCGAAGGGGCACACAGUAAGAAACGUGUUGUCAUACUCCGUGAAACGAAGGAUAAAACCUUUCGCUGUCCGAUAGAAUUUUGCGAGAAUCGUACAUUUUUCAGCAAAAGAGGUUGCCGAAAACACAUAGACACCAAGCACAGAUGGUAUUAUUUUUUCGAUGUGAAGCCGAGUGAUAAAGUUAUUGAAAGGUCGGCUGAACAGAGUACCCAAAGAAGUCACAAACACAUCGAAAGUGCCAGAAGACGUGCAGAUACAACUAAAAGGCCACAUUUCUCAAUUUCUGAAGGGGUUGGAAAGCAGUAUGUCGAUUGGCUUUGUGCUGUUUGUGGCGGGGGACUGUCAGCAGCACAGGCAACACAAAAUGCUACACGCGUAAUGAAAUUCUUGAAAUUUUGCAGCGAAGAUGACGAAGACAAUCUCACAGAACAGCAUGUAGACUACAGCAUAGGAUCCGCAGGACUUAUAUGCAGUUUUAUCGAGCAUAUCGGAAAAGAAUGGGGCCUAGGCAGCUCAGCUCAAUUUGGGUAUUUACAAGCAAUCACAGAUUUGAUCGACUUUCGUAAAUCCAGUGGAUUAUCGGCAACAGUGCUUGGCAAUUUGGCGGUUUCUGAAGUUUACAUAAACCGAGGAAAAAAAGCACUGGCUAAAAGGAAAAUCAGCGAAUGGUCAAAAAACCUGUCGAUCGAAGUCCUUUCUGGCUGUAAUCAGUGGGCGACGAUGGAAGAAAUGGAGAGAGUUAUACCGUACCAUCUUCCACGCUACAAAGAUGUGUUGACAAAUUGUAAAGGCUAUCCUUUGACUGCCGUUACACCUGCGGACCUUACAUUUGCCACUCGAUUUGUAGCUGUGUAUAUGUUUACAAGAGUGAAAGGAUCACGCCCAAUGACGUAUCAAUUUCUAACAGUAUCAAUGUUUGAAAAGUCGAGGGAGAAUAAUGGGUUUGUGGACCAGACUGAGUUUAAAACUGCACAACAGUACACCUUUGAUUCAUUGAUACUUGAUGAGACGAGCACACGACUCCUUGACGACUAUAUUUGCCAUGUUAGGCCUCUGUUGAACCCUCAGUGCGAAUAUGUACUAGUCACAAGAAAUGGAACACAGUUUAAACAGUUAAGUAACCUGAUGUCAGAACUCGUUUUUCAGGCAAUCGGGAAAUACGUUCAUCCGACCAGAUAUCGUCAGAUUGUUGAGACGGAGAGCUCGCGUAAACUUUCUGCUGAAGAGCAAGAAGUCGUGAGCCGAGACCAAAAACACAGUUCUCAAGUUGCGAAAACUUACUAUCAAAAGCGCAAUUCACGCGAAAUUGCAGUAAACGCCAAAUCGGCGAUGAAAAAGUUGCAGAACAAAGAAGUUGAUAGAAGUUUAAAAAGAAUCAUUCUAGACAACAAAGAUUCGUCUGAUCAAGACUGCUGCUUGGAAGAAACCGAACAGCACCAGCAAAUAACGCCAGGAAGAAAUCGGAAAGAAAAAAUUUGCGUCAAUCUUGACGAAGGGGGUAACGAAUCGUGUAGAGCUUACUCGCGCCCAGAUUGCAAUGCUGACAGGUUGAAAGCAAAGCCAGUCGUCAGUAGAAGGGUGCCAUUUACUCCAGAGGAGGACUUUUUUCUAAAAAAAAGUUUGAAAGUUUAUGGAUUUGGAAAGUGGACGGCUAUGCUUAAGGAUCCUAGAUUUAAUUUCAAUAGCAAACGGACCCCUGAUUCUCUAAAAAAAAGAGCAGAACUGCUUGCUAAAAAGUGACUUAAAUAAUGACCUUGUCAGUAUUGUAAUAACCUUUCUGUUUCUUGUGUUAAAGAUUGGUUGGAAAUAAAGAAAAAAAUUGGUUGGAAAUAAUUUUUUUCUUAAUUGAAUUAUUGUUGUUAUAUUUAAUUAAAUUAUUGUUAUAUAUGUUAUAUUUUUCUUAUAUCUAACUUAACUAAAUUGUUAUAUUUAAUUAUCAAAAAGUAUCUGUUCUACACCAAAAUGAGAUUGACCUCGUUUAAUUUCGUCAAAAGACACUUAAGUUUUCUCGCAAAAGCUGAGCAAAUAGGAGCACCGAUGAUUUACAAUGAGUUGCAGGGAGUAGGAGUGAGCCAAAACUGAGCAAAGAAAGAGGCUGGUCUCUGUUUCGUCACAUUACAUCACUUUGGCUCACUCUAGCUCAUCCCAACUCAUUUGAACUCAUCUUAGUUACUUGUCGCUCCCUGGUUUGGCGAGAAACUAAAGUUUUGAUAGAAUUUAUUUGGUGUUGGUGAUUUUUUCAGAUUACGUUGGAUCCCAGCCUGUGGUUGCUGCUGCUACCAUUGACUUUUCUUAAACUUUUGAUAAACAUCAUGAUAAUGAUUUUUAGAUGACUUCAAAGUGUUAUGACGUAAUAAAAGCUUUAGUUUUCUCGCAAGGGCUGAGCAACUAGGAGCAUCGAUGAUUUACAUUGAGUUGCAGGGAGUAGGAGUGAGCCAAAACUGAGCAAAGAAAGAGGCUGGUCUCUGUUUCGUCACAUUACAUCACUUUGGCUCACUCUAGCUCAUCCCAACUCAUUUGAACUCUUCUUAGUUACUUGUCGCUCCCUGGUUUGGCGAGAAACUAAAGUUUUGAUAGAAUUUAUUUGGUGUUGGUGAUUUUUUCAGAUUACGUUGGAUCCCAGCCUGUGGUUGCUGCUGCUACCAUUGACUUUUCUUAAACUUUUGAUAAACAUCAUGAUAAUGAUUUUUAGAUGACU